AUGUUUAUCCACCUCUCUACUACUUUCGUUGUUCUCCUCGGCCUGACGGCCCUUGUCAACGCUGGAGUGCCAGCUGCUCGCCACGCUGCUCUUCUUGACAAGCGUAGCACUGUCGUGACGGCCCGAGCUAAUUAUUUAGCACUUGCGCGCAAAGAGACUCCAGAACCAGACCCAGGCAAGCCAGUAGUCACUGGACGUGAAGAGACUCCAGAACCAGACCCAGGCAAGCCAGUAGUCACUGGGCGUGAAGAAUCUCCAGAACCGGACCCAGGCAAGCCAAUAGUAACUGGACGUGAAGAGACUCCAGAACCAGACCCAGGCAAGCCAGUGGUAACUGGGCGCGGACUCUGAACCACACCGCUAUGAUUACUAGUAAGACUUGUUUCACGUGUUGACUCGCGACACUGUACACAAGGCAACCACUUUGCAGAAUCGUAUUUUUAUGUAGAACAAGUUACAAGGGAUGUUGAGUAGGAUAGUGCUCAAUGAGGUUGAAAUGUCAGGUGCAUUACCGAUCGCACUGGCAGUGACUGCGGCAGGACCACCGCGCUCUGUUUGUCAGCAAAAAUUCUACUAUACAAGGCAGGAG